AUGGCCGAGUCAAAUUACAGCACGCCUUUAUGGGGUUCAAUUUCGACAGGUCCCGGAGCCCAAGGUCCAGAGUUGUCUGCCCCGCUUCUCUCAGCACAUGCACUCCCAUUUCCACAAUCAUUCACACCUCUGCCAUACGAGGCUCCGUACGGCUCCAGCAGCAACCCAGCCAUGUCUCAGUUCCCCGAUGCCUCGACCGUGCCAUUCAGUAAUCAGGCCGCACAAGGACGUUCACCUUAUCCGCUCGACGGUAGCCAGCAAAUGUACUAUCCUCCUCGCAUGUAUCCGUUCCUUCCGGCACAUCCAAGACCACCUCCAGCUUUCCGAAACGGAUCGAAUUACCCGCGUGUCGACUUGGGUGGGCCUCCUGAUGCUGGCGACCUCUACUCCAGGCCUGAACAUCCCUUGCUCCGCGGGCCUCAGCCUUUCUUUCCUUCAUAUCCUACUGGCUACGAAGCGCCCUUGUCGCCCCCAACAGGUCAGACUCCAUUUCCUCGACGGCAGCAUUACUCGACAAUGGGACCAGGUCCACCUCCACAUUACUUUGGCCAGGAACCCGUACGAGGGCCCAACGGUGGGCCCCCAGAUCUGCCUCGCCAUGUCCAGUCGCCUAACCGGAGAGCACCACAACAAGAGCCAUACCAGCCCAAUAGUCGACCAUACAAUACGACAGAACGGCGCUCGUCAUUGUUCCUUACCGCGCAGGGCCGCCGCUCAGAUCGAAGCAUCUCUCCAAGAACAUCGAACCGCCGCAGUUUCGACAGAUAUUCUUUUGACAUGCCACAAUCGAGCACGUCGUCUGAUGCCGAGGAAGCCGCUGCUCGUGCGCCACCAUCAAACCGUAUGAGGCAUCGGCCGAGAGAGGUGCGGCCACGAUUCAUGGGCCACCACCAACAUUUUGAUCCUAACAUUGCCACUCCCCGACAGAUCCAGGACUUGAAGGACAAGCUUCCCCGCCGCCUGCCGGGCAACCUUCCAGAAGAGACAUCCAAAUCCUGUGACAUUUGCCAGAAGGACUAUUCGAGGACACAAGUGCAGCUGUCCGAGGAAGAAGAAGUGGCUGUAGAGCUGCCUUGUGGCCAUGUUUUUGGGGAGUUCUGCAUCUUUCAAUGGUUUGACACUUGCAAAACGCACAAGAAUAAGGUCACCUGUCCGAUGUGCCGGAAGCUGCUAAUUGAGCCGUCGCGAUACCAUCCAGCGUUGCUCAAUGCCAUCUCGCGUGGUGGGCAGGCGUUCCAGGAGCUGCUUGCCAACGAACUUCGAGGCGACUUUUCUCACAUGUAG